CACUCACUAUCACACACUCUCUCUGACUUCAUUAUUACCCUCUCCCACGCGCUCCCCUCUCUCCCUCUCUUUAAAUACAAAACACUCUCACCAGACUUCAAAGAGAAAAAAAAAGAUACUCAAAAAAAACAUCAAAACAUGAACUACACUUUCUUCUUACUUCUCCUCACUCUUGUCCACUCCACUUUCUCUUCCCUAGCUCCACCAGACCAAGCCGCUCUUGAAUCCAUAAGAGACUCCUUAACCGACAUGCCCGGUUCAGCCUUCUUCUCAACUUGGGACUUCACAACCCCUGACCCUUGCUCCACCUUCUCAGGCCUAACUUGCACUUCCCUCGGCCGUGUCUCCGCCUUAUCACUCGGCCCUAACCUCUCCGGUUCACUAUCCCCAUCCAUCUCCAACCUAACCCGUUUGACCCAACUCGUUCUCUACCCCGGUUUAGUCACCGGACCUCUCCCUCCCCGGUUCGAUACCCUCUCUCUCCUUCGAGUCAUUUCUUUAACCAGAAACCGCUUAACCGGUCCUAUACCAAACUCUCUCUCAGCUCUCUCGUACCUCCACACUCUUGACCUUAGCUAUAACCAACUCUCAGGCUCUCUCCCUCCGUUUCUCACCACACUUCCUCGUCUCAAAGUCCUUGUCUUAGCCUCGAACCGUUUCUCCGACAACGUUAAACCUGUCUCUAGCCCUUUGCUUCACUUAGACCUAAAGAUGAACCAAAUCUCCGGCCAACUCCCGCCUCUUUUCCCCACCACUCUCCGGUACUUAUCCCUCGCCGGAAACUCAAUCUCCGGCACAAUCAUCCCCUUGGAGCCACUCACAGACCUAACGUACAUCGAUCUCAGCAUGAACCGGUUCACCGGAGCGAUCCCGCAAUCACUCUUUGGUUCCACAACCACAUCAAUGUUCUUACAACGAAACAACUUCACAUCCAUCAACGCCACGUCGUCGUUAAUGUUACCUCAGGGCUCCGUCGUCGACCUGAGCCAUAACUACAUCUCCGGCGAGUUGCCUCCUUCCCUCGCCGGAGCAGAGUCUCUGUUCUUGAACAACAACCGUUUCACAGGAGAGAUUCCAGAGGAGUACAUCAAGAGCUUGAUCAACGGUACGACGAAAACGCUCUUCUUGCAACAUAACUACUUAACGAGAUUCCCGUGGAACUCUGGAUCUCAACUACCGGACUCUGUUUCGCUCUGUUUGUCGUAUAACUGUAUGGAUACGGAUCCAGUUGUUGGUUUGUCCACGUGUCCGAUAGAAGUUGCACCUCUGCUCUCAAGGCCUGCUAUACAAUGUUCUCGCUUUUACAAUCACAGCUCCACUGGUUAAGGAUCAGUUUUCUUUUUGUUUGUUUGCAAAGAAAAUUGCUAAAAAUGACAUUUUUUAGAAAUUGAACCGUUGUGUCUGGUAGUGUUUUCUUAUAUAAAAAUCUAAAGUGUGGUCCUCGCGUGUAAAUUAGAUUGUAGUGUUUAUGGGAUAUAUACUAUUAUUUUACAGAUA